ACGCACACAAAAUGAUAUCCCUAUAAUAAAUAACCAUAAAUUGUCUCCUUUUUUUUUCGAGGAGGUAUUGAAAAUGCUUCAAGUUCAAGGCUGCUACGGGUUGCAGUAUACAAAAAAAGAUGGUGCUGGAGUUUUAAGCUCAGGUUCUGGACUCAAGACUCCUGAAAAAAAUCCACAAGCUGCUGCUAACAAACAUGCCCUUGCGGAGCGUUAUCGUAGGAAAAGAAUCAACAACCACCUUAAUACUCUCCGCAAACUCUUCCCCAAUCUCCCUAAAAGUGAUAAACCAAGGGUGCUUAUGGAAACGGUUCGAUAUCUAAAGGAGCUGAGGAAGAAGGUGGCUGACCAUGUUGAAAUGAACAAGGAUGGCCAAGAAGAGUGCUGCAUUGGUGGCAAAAGGAGUUGUUCAUUGUUUUUACCCGGUGAGAAAGAUGAGGUGAGUGUGAGUUACUACUCUGAAGGUGAAGGAGGAGAUCAUGGCGUUGAUCAAGGAGAACUGUUAAUGGUGAAAGCCACGAUAUGCUGUGAGGACAGGCCGAGGUUGAAUGCUGAUUUGAUGGAAGCGGUUAAGUCUGUUGAAGGGAGGGUGGUCAAGGCUGAGAUGGGUACCAUUGGAGGACGGACCAAGGCGGUCUUGGUGGUGCAAUGGUGCCAGCAAAGCCUUCAUUGUGGUGGCGGUGGUGGUGGUGAGGAGGAGGAGGAGGAGGAGGAGGUUGGGACCGUUGGGUCGCUGAGGAAGGCGUUGAGGGCGGUGGUGGAAAACAGGGCCUUGACUCCUUUGUUGUUGUUGGGCCCCGAGGUGCUUAUUUCCAGUUGGACCAAUAGAUUCGGGCCUUGAAUGGGGCCGGUGCUUGUUUUGGGCCGUCUGUAGUUAGUGAUGGCCCUUUUCAGUAUAUUGUUUGAUCAGUGAUCAAUGCGAGUUUGUCACAGACGACAAAUCGGUUAAAGGAAAACUCAACUUAUGACAAAAAUUAAGAAAAAUAUAUA